GAAACCGGAACUGUUUCGAUAUGCCCCCUUUAAAUUGGCUUCAUGGUCAAGGUCCGUCUAUGCUGCUAUUCGGAAGCAAAGGAGAAGAUAAAGAUGAGGUUUCAUCAUGUUUUGUGUUCUUUUCUCAUCCUGGCGAUUUCGUCAAAGCUGGUGGCUGGCGAAUGUGGCGGUAUCUUCAGUAACUCCAGCGGGGUAAUCAAGUCUCCUCUCUUCGGUCAAAAGAAGUAUCCAGCCAACUCUGACUGUGUGUGGAAGAUUUCAGUGAAGGACUUUACAAAAAGGAUUCGGCUAAUUCUCUCUACUUUCAAACUUGAAGAUAGCCAUAACUGCUACCACGACAGUUUAUCUGUCUACAACGGUCUUGAGGCAAAAAAGGAGGCAAGAAUUGGCAAGUUUUGUGGGACAGCAGUUCCAAAGUAUAUCAUUUCAUCGGGAAAUUCGAUCCUGUUGCAUUUCCAUUCAGACAGUAGCACCAGUGGAACAGGAUUUCGAAUUAUUUACGGCGAAUCGCAUGGCUGUGACCGUGAAUAUGAAGGAUCUCAAGGUAUCGUCACAUCUCCUGACUAUCCAAGCAAUUACCCUCGCAGCAUAAUGUGCAGCUAUCAAAUAACAGUGCCUGAAAAACAUAUAGUUGAGCUUGCUAUAACAGACAUUCAAAUUGAAGGGGGCGAGAAAAAAGGAUCAUGCCAAUUUGACUACGUUGAAAUAUUUGAUGGGGACCUGGAGAGCUUAAUAGGCCGCUUUUGUGGUAGUUAUUCGCCGGUCGCUGGGAGAAUUUAUUCCACCAGCAGGACAAUGUUUUUGAGGUUUUUCAGCGACCAAUCAGUGACUGGACGUGGUUUCAAAGCAGUAUUUAAAGCAAAGCUAUUUCGGAGGUGUGCUGAAAAUAAUGGGGACUGUGAGCAAGUAUGUUCCGCUAUACCUAAUGGAGUAAGGUGCUCCUGUUUUGGAGGCUACAAGUUGAAGGAAGAUGGUUUGUCUUGUGAAGACAUAGAUGAAUGCUCGCCAACUAGGAAUCCUUGUAUCAACGCUAUCGGUUGUGAAAAUACCAAAGGUUCAUUCAAAUGCCAAUGUAGGGAUGGCACUGUUCUCGAUAAUGAUGGCUUAACUUGUGUUGAUAUCAAAGAAUGUUCUAUCGAAAAUGGUGGAUGUGGCCAGAUUUGCAAAGAUACAUUUGGAAGCUAUGAGUGUUCAUGUCGAGAUGGUUUUCGCUUGCAAGUUGAUGGGCGAAGCUGUAAAGAUGUCGACGAGUGCAAAGAGGAUAUAUCUUGCUGCAACCAGAAAUGUAGAAAUACGAAUUCAAGAUAUGAGUGUAGCUGCUAUCCAGGCUUUACGAUGGCACAUGACAACUGUACAUGCCAAGACAUCAACGAGUGCCUACCCAAAAAUCCUUGCUUCAAUGCUGUCGGUUGUGAAAAUACCCAAGGUUCAUUUAAAUGCCUGUGUGGAGAUGGCUUUGUUCUUGAUCAGGAUGGCCUUACCUGUUUGGAUAUCGACGAAUGUCAGAUGGUAAAUGGUGGCUGUGAGCACAUCUGUGCUAAUACUUUCGGCUCUUACAGAUGCAGUUGCCCUGAGGGUUAUACGACAAGUCAAGUUGAUUUUAAAAAAUGUGACGAAAUCGAUGAAUGCUCCUCCGGUACGCAUAAAUGUGAGCAAAUCUGCAAAAAUGUGCCUGGAACGUACAACUGUUCAUGUAGGCUGAACCACAAGCUAGAAAGAGAUGGGAAAUCAUGCAAACCCUGCCCAACUUGCCAGGAGUUCACCCAUUUGAAAGAAAUGGUGUUUAAGCUGCAGGGACAAGUGAAGAUCUUGACGGAACAGCUUGCAAAUGGUAACAAAAGAAGGAAAUCAGGCAACAAAAAUUGUUUUGCUAAGAGCAGUGCCGGAGAGAAAGUCUACAAGCAUGGCACACUUUGGCAGCAAUCAAAAUGCCAUUCGUGUGGUUGUAUGGAUGGCAUUAUAGUGUGCGAAGAGAAGAUAGCAUGUGAAGACCGAGUUUUCACCAUCAACUGAUGCCUUCAUCCAAGGUCUCUAAUGUGACAUUAACCUAACCACCUGCUUUGUUGUUGUGCAGUUCUUGUAAUAGAACCGUUGAUUAGCUAUGUUUUAGAUAAACUUUGAUAUAUUCUAGUA